CUGUAGCUGCGCACUAUUAUCCGUCACUGCCGCACCUGCGCGGCUGUAAAACCAGAGAGUAGAGAGUGAGAAAAGCAGACUCGUUUGAUUGUACAUCAGAUCUGUAAAAGCAUCACGGCUGACCUUAUAAACAGAGUAAAAACUUAAUCCUCUUUUAACCGCGUCUUCAAGAUUAAGAAAAUACUCGCUCAGUCAGCCGGUGAACACUAGGCGACCCGGAGCGCUUUUUCCAGUCGGACAAACCAUAACAAUCUGUUUGCUGUCACAUCAUGAACCCUGAAUAUGACUACUUAUUUAAGCUGCUUCUGAUCGGAGAUUCCGGAGUUGGAAAAUCCUGCAUCCUCCUGCGAUUUGCGGAUGACACGUACACUGAGAGUUUUAUCAGCACCAUUGGAGUGGAUUUCAAAAUCCGAACUAUUGAGUUGGAUGGAAAGACUAUCAAACUACAAAUUUGGGACACUGCUGGACAGGAGAGAUUUCGCACCAUUACCUCCAGCUACUACAGGGGAGCUCACGGGAUCAUUGUUGUUUAUGAUGUUACGGACCAGGAAUCUUACAACAACGUGAAACAGUGGCUGAAGGAAAUCGAUCGGUAUGCAAGUGAGAAUGUCAACAAACUACUUGUAGGGAACAAGUGUGAUCUCACUACAAAAAAAGUUGUGGACUAUACAACAGCAAAGGAGUUUGCUGACUCUCUUGGCAUCCCUUUCCUUGAAACGAGUGCCAAAAACACCACAAACGUGGAGCAGGCGUUCAUGACCAUGGCAGAAGAAAUAAAGAAACGAAUGAGACCAGGAGCUUCGGGUGGUGCAGAGAAAACUGAUAUUAAGAUCGAUAGCACCCCUGUACAACAGUCGGGUGGAGGGUGCUGCUAGUAUAGUAACAUAUUUUCUCAGGGACUGUGAAGAUCGGAUGGGUUUCGAAGACUGGACGUUAUUGAGUGUUGUGUAGAAGUGACAAAUCUGGAUAUACAUGACUGACUGCCGCAUGGUGCUCAAUAAAGUCAAAAAUCAUUA